UUGGGUGUUGAAUGAAAAGACGAUGAACGAAGUAAACCUACAAAAUAUCACUCAAGAAGUCACCAAAAUACAUCUUUGUGAUUACUCCAUAAAGUACAGAUGGCCGAAGACUGCAAGGAAGUUCAGCAGCAAGAAAUCAUCCGCAGAAUGGAGGAUGAGUUUGAAGAGCCAAGUCUAGAAACCGAAGCUGUACCUGAAUCAGAAUCCAAUCCGCCGAUUUCACCAAUCCUACAAACAGCGCCCUCAACGUCUCCACCAUCGGAAAUACCGCCAUCGCAACAACUACCGCCAACUCAAAUUCUGCCACAACAAUCAGCUGAGGUUUCAGUGCCCUUCCCGGCUACAUGUGACACCACUGCAUCAUUCUCAACUUCUUUUAUCAAUCAAGGUGUUGAUUUAACGGCAUUCUCUGGCGGUGAGGUAGUUCCGAAUAUUUACGACAACCAACAAGCCGUUCAUACAUGCAAUAAGUGCAACAGCUGCUUCGCCAGUGCCUACGAGCUCACCGUACACUGGCAAGAAGAGCAUCGAGACAAUUUCAAAUGCAAACGGUGCGAACGCACUUUUGCUAAGAAACACAAUUUACUGCGGCACAAUUGUGUGAAUGCCUGUAACAUAUGCGGUCAGCAGUUCACCCGACGCUACAACCUGAAGCUUCACAUGCAGAUCCACGGCGACGGCUCGAAGCUCCACAAGUGUGAAUACUGUGGAAAGAGCUUCACUCGCAGGUACACCCUGCUGACUCACACACGCUCGCACAGCGGUAUCAAACUGUUCAAAUGCAGCAUCUGCGGGAAGGCCUUCACGAGACAGCACACUUUGAACUUACACAUGAAGCGCCAUGUCACUAAGUCAAGCUUUUACUGCAGAAGGUGCUAUGCCGUGUUCACCGAUGCCGUCAGCUUGCAGUUACAUCGUGAAACUGAACACGCUAAAACCCCAAAGCAGCCAGAAUCACUUAUUACCACAGCAACAUCCCAAUCCAUCCAGCCAACCUCAAAUGUUGUGUUUCCGAAUUCAAAUCCAGGUUACUUGUACGGAACAGCGAACGUCGGACCCAGUUCGUAUCACAAUCACAUGGAUUCGUUUUAUCAACCGACCCAUCAGGAUAUGCAUAACCCUUUCCAAAAUACAUACCAUGAUAACAGAGGGUCCGCAAACAAUCCCACCCAAAAAGACGGAGACUUUGGAGAAAAGAAUUUGUUACAUCAAGAAUCGGGGCAUGCGGCAUCAUUAGAAAAGCGUAAAUGGUUCGAGGAUGAAAGAGUUGGUGCAUCUGCCAGGGGCGCCUCUAGCAGACAAGAAACAACGUUCAUGACUCAACCUGAGAAUGAGGUAGUGACUGUGAUCGACAGUGGGGAUGAGGUGAUGAACGAAAACUCACUGUACCCUGACAAGUCCAACAAAGAGAGGGAACAAGUUGAUCAGGAACCAUCAGAGCGUGACCUCUUCAUAGCGGGGGACAAGGAAUCAGAUGAUGUGGAUACGAUAGAGACACAGGAACUCGAGGCAGAGUCUCGUAGAUCAUUAUUCCCAAUCAAUACCAGCAAACAUCACAGACGGACAGCACGUCCUGUCAACCGACCAAUGCGUAGGUCCUGGCAACACGGCGACAAACUCGUUAAAGAAACAUCAGAAAUAAGAAUCAAUGUAUUAGACCCGAGUGCAAUGGAGGAGAUGAACCCUCUCCUUACACCGCCGAGAAGUAGUGACACAUCAACAUCCAGACCCACCCAUAAUUCUUCCGAGUCCGGUAGUCCAAGUACGGCUUCGUUAUUAGAGAGUCCGUCUUACUUAACCCGGCCCUUUCCCGCCAUUUUGAAAAUUGCACCCAGUAGUCCGCCGUCUGCGGAGAAAACGUGCCUACCGACUCAAAUCGCUCCUCAAGUUUCUUGCAACGAUGUGGAUCACGAGAUAUCUGUCCAUGUGCCUCCGCCCCACAGCCGCGUCGACAGCUAUUCCUCGCAUCCCGCUGGCAAUAACGCUAACUCGGACAGCAGCACAUCGUCAUCACUCCUGGCUACUCAAAGGAAGGUCAAACACGAAGACAGGUCACAAAGCGAUAGCGCAAAGUGGCACUGUACUCACUGUGGAAUAACUUUCGAGGAGAGUUUGAUGUACGUCGUGCACAUGGGGUGUCAUGGGCAGUUAGACCCGUAUCAGUGCAGCAUGUGCGGCAUGCUGUGCCAAGACCGAAUGGCGUUCACAUUGCAUAUAAUCGGUGGAAAACAUAUCAAAACACAAACCUAGUAUACAAAGUGAUUAACUUCCGAAACAGCCUUUGGUGCUACUUCCUUUUCAAAACAUUUCAUUCUUGUUCAUUUUGGCUAGCACACCAAAUCCACAAAUACAUGAUAGUAAAGUCAAUCUGUGCAUUGCACUAUCUGGAAUUAUUAGCACUGUUUUUGUUGUUGAUAUUAAUGGUACAGAAGUGUCUCAGCAUCAGCCAGUUCUGAUUCUUAAAACAGCCAUUUUUAUGAUUUAUUACGUUACUUAACUGUGACUACUUUAUUUUACAUGCCUAAUAAUAUCAUGCCUCUGCCGGUAUAAUUUUACAGUGCUUAGACACGCAUCAAUAUAUUGGUUCAACCAAAAUAAUGUUCUUUAUUAUGUAUAACUCACACAUAGAUCCUUGCCAUUCGAUUGGUGGAAUACAUGCCAUGACUGGCCUCAUUGGCUAGUUCAGUAUUCUUUUUAAUAGGAAAUAGGAACUAGUGAAAUGCUUGCCUUAAUGCCAGUUCCACUGGGCCCACUGGAUAGUCACUGAAAAAGUCCAGUGAAAAUACUGGUGGACUAGUAAAAUGCCAAUCCUACUGGCCAAAAGGCUAGUAGUUACUGAAAAACUUAAGGGCAAAUCCUGAAUUUACCUUUACUUUGACCGACCUUUUUAGUUGAGAAGAAGUAGGUCAGAUCUCAAAGCCAUUAGUGGCUGCUUUUGGGCAUUUUGGAACAAGCCAUUUCCGGCUGCUUUGUUCUCUAAAGGGUUAAUAAUUCCAUACUUCUGAAAUUAAACCCAGCGAAAAGAUCAGGCAUUUUAUCAAUUAAUAGCUUCAAUGUAGUGUAAAUAAUAAUUAAUGCAAGCAGUUGUCUAUUUUGAACUAUUUAUAAAUAUAUUAAACAGAAGAGCAUGUUGCAUGAAAGUAAACAUUAGAGGAUGGGGUAAAAGGGAAAUUUUGUCCACUUAAUAAUGAUUGGCCAAAUUAUUAAGAAAUAUACAAUACAAUUAAGUCACCUGUUAAGUUUCAGCUGUUAGCAGUGUCUAUUAAUUGUAAAAAAUAAAACAGCAAAACAAAAUGUCAAAAUAUUUUGGUAUAGAAUUUGAAAUUCAUCAAUGUUUAGCGAGGUGACAGUGGGUACCGACUGCAUUUCUGGCUGCAGCAUUUACAAUCAAUGAAUAUUCAAAUUUAUUUACAUACUUUAAUUGAUUUCUAAUCAACUGGGGCACUUCAGAUGAAAUCAUUUUGCAGGAUACUUACCAUAACCAUCUUUAAAACAAUGAGGUUUUGGGAUAGAAAGCUAAUUGAUUUUAGUUUAUUUUACUUUCUUUUCUUUUUAUUUUAUUCAUUUGGAAAACAAAUAUUU